AUGCAGCAGCCAUCGCAGGACCGACUGCACCAACACGCGACGGUGCAGCCGCGAAGCCUCGCAAACCUGCAGCAGGCGCCGGAUGGGACCUUCUAUAAUCCGCAGGACCUGCAGAGCCUCCACGCCAACGAGCUCUUCCACCAGCAGCAACAGCAACAGUAUGAUGCACUGGGGGGACCCGCGCAGCAGCCCCCACUGCAGCUGUUGCAGGCACCGCUGCUACCACAGGCGCUACACUACGAGCACCAUGGUCUGCCGCCGCAGCCAUUCCCGCCGCAGGCUUACCAGCAGGUCCAGCGGGUCCAGCAUCCUCACCACCAUGCGCAUGCGACGAGCUCGCCUUUUGCGCUGACGCCUGGUCCGGUGACCGGCCCCGCGCAUCACGUCCAUACUUCUCACGUCCACACGCCUAUCCACACCACCCCGCGCAUUGCGCAGCGCCCACUGCAGAUACAACAAGCACCUAUCCAACGGUCUCCGCAGCAACAGCAGCAGCAGCAGCAGCAGCAGUACAGUUCGCCUCUCGAGAGCGGCCCCAGCGACGAUGCCACGCUCGCCAACCAUGGCCAGUUCAAAGGCCUCAAGCUUCUUCCAAACCCGCCGCAUCUGGACGAGUGGAGGCAGCGGCUCUUCGACGUCGACGACACAAUUACCCUGACCGAAGAGCAAUUCCAGACCUACUUCCCGCACAUCGACAAUGUCUACUCGCACCGCUCGACACAGCGGCACAAGCGCAAGAGCUUCGUGUCGCACUACUGGGACUGCCGACUAAAGGGCCGCCCACCAGGCACAAAAAAGUCCACAGACCCAGAAAAAAGAAAGCGCAAACGAGUCGCGCGCGAGCGAGACCUGUGCAAUGUCAAGAUCAAGAUCACCGAGUUCUUCAACCAGGAGGAGUACGAGGAGCAAAUGGGCCAUCCACCACCUAUCAUUGAAGAAGAGGGCCCCAUGUCCAUGACUUCGAAUCAGCCUGGAGCAGCAGGUGCAACACCAGACCAGAGCAUGUUCUUCCGCCAGCCGCAGAUGAUGCCGCAACAGCCCAUGUCACCGUGGGAUAUGCAGCCAGACAUGGUGCAGCCGGGAACGAGCUUGUAUGCGCCUGCGCCGCCGCCGUUAUCUGGGCCCCCGCCGAAGAAGUUCUACACCCUUCAAAGAGUCAACGGCAAUGGAGGGAAUGGGAAAGGAGAUGGUGUUGCAGGGCCGCAUAAACACACGCUUGAAGAAAGUGAUCGCGUGAAGAAGAACAUCGUGGUGAGGACUUUUGCGAAGAACGAGAUGGAGGUGAAGAAAAUGCAGUUUGUUCGUUGUUUCUCUUGCACUCCACUUGCUGCUGGUCCUCAUCUUGACACCUUCCCUCUGUGCUUUAUCGUACAUCCACGACCGCGGUUGUCAUCUGUUCGCUUUACAUCAUCAUCGUCCAUAAUGACCGACAUGAAUCAGGGUGGAGACUCUUCCAAGAAGACAUACCACAAGAAAGCCACGGGUAAUGCUUUGACAACUGUCAAGAACCAUGCCAAAGAAGAAGAUCUCAAGCUGUACGGUAGCUGCUUCUGCCCCUUCGUUCAGCGUGUCUGGAUAUCUCUGGAACACAAAGCCAUACCCUACCAGUAUAUCGAAGUAGAUCCCUACAAGAAACCCCAAUCCCUAUUAGACGUGAACCCACGCGGCCUCGUCCCCGCCCUCCGUCACGGCCCAACAUGGAGCACCCACGAGUCCACCGUCAUUAUGGAGUACCUCGAGGACCUAAACACUGGCGAGCACCUCCUACCCCCAGACCCACAGACUCGCGCUACAAGCCGCUUAUGGUCUGACCACGUCAACCGACACGUGAUCCCGAUGUUCUACAAGCUCUUGCAGGCCCAGGAUCAACAUGAUCAGGUGGAGUAUGCAAAAGAACUCCGCGACCAAAUCAACAAACUGGUCUCCGCCACCGACUCCACCGGCCCCUUCUUCCUGGGCCCGCAAAUCUCCUUCGUCGAUGUGCAGAUCGCGCCCUGGGUGCUGCGGCUGCGCCGCGUGCUGGGUCCGUACCGUGGAUGGCCGGAGCCCGAGGAGGGGAGCAGGUGGAAGAAGUGGGUUGAUGCUAUUGAUAAUGAGCCGAGUGUGAGGGCGACAACGAGUACGGAUGAGCUGUAUUUGGAUAGUUAUGAACGGUAUGCGGAGAAUCGGCCGGGGACUAGUCAGUUGGCUGAUGCUGUUAAUUCGGGGAGGGGGCUGCCGUAAAAGAUUGGCGGUAGCAGAAUGAUAAUUAAAGAGAAGAAGUUGAGUCGAUUGGAUGAGCACGUAUGCCUGACAAUGAUUUCAAGCUGCUACUUCCACCGCACUGUCUCCAGAUCGAUAGACUUCCGCACUUGAUACAACAGCGUGAAGUCAUUCAAGAAAGUCUAUUCCUACGAACGAUCCUCAUCCGAGGACAUUAUCAAGCACGUUCCAUCACUCUCCCAGCCCAUCCCGCCUCCUAACCACCGUCCCCUGACUCCCCCCUCCAUCCUCCUCUCCACUCUCCCCAGCACCAUU